GGGAGAACCAGUGUAGCCGCAGAAGAGAAGCUUAGCAGCGGGAAAAGGAUGCUAGUGCCACCAGACAUGAUGGCAGCUCAGUCAAAGUUACUCUACCAGCUGAACAAGUUUUACGGAGAGAGAGUUCAAAUGAGAAAAGCUGCCAUUGCUAAAACAGUACGCGAAGUGUGCAAAGUGGUACAGGAUGUGUUAAAAGAAGUCGAAGUGCAAGAACCACGAUUCAUAUCUUCCUUGAACGAAGGAAACGGACGUUAUGAGGGCUUCGACGUUAUUUCUCCCACGGAGUUUGAGGUUGUAUUGUAUCUGAAUCAAAUGGGAGUAUUUAAUUUUGUAGACGACGGCUCUCUACCAGGCUGUGCCGUAUUGAAAUUGAGCGACGGACGUAAGCGUUCCAUGUCACUUUGGGUCGAAUUUAUUACGGCCUCAGGUUAUCUGUCCGCCAGGAAGAUCCGUUCUAGAUUUCAAACUUUAGUUGCUCAGGCUUGUGACAAAUGUAGCUAUCGGGACAUUGUAAAGAUGGUGGCCGACACUACCGAAGUUAAAUUACGCAUUCGGGAGAGGUAUGUCGUCCAAAUUACGCCGGCUUUCCGGUGUAGUGGACUUUGGCCUCGGUCGGCCGCGCACUGGCCAAUUCCUCAUAUUCCGUGGCCUAAUCCCAAUCUUGUAGCAGAAGUAAAAACUGAAGGAUUCGAUCUCCUUUCCAAGGAAUGCAUUUCUUUACAAGGUAAACAAUCAUCGAUGGAAGGCGAUGCUUGGGUAUUAAAUUUCAGUGAAGCGGAAAAUCGUCUUUUACAGGGAGGUUGUCGCCAGAAAUGUCUCAGCAUCCUAAAAACUUUGCGCGAUAGACAUUUGGAUCUUCCAGGAAAUCCAGUCACUAGUUAUCAUCUCAAAACAUUGUUAUUGUAUGAAUGCGAGAAACAUCCUCGUGAAUUGGAAUGGGACGAAACAUGUCUAGGAGACAGAUUAAAUGGAAUUUUAUUACAGUUGAUAUCUUGUCUUCAGUGUCGUCGGUGUCCUCAUUAUUUCUUACCACAGCUCGAUCUGUUUAAAGGAAAAUCAGCUAAUUCGUUGGAGAAUGCGGCCAAACAAUGCUGGAGACUAACUCGAGAGCUACUGACCAACUUGAGAUCACUCGAAAAUCUCUAGGUUUGUAUAUAAAGUUAUAAUUGUGCGUGCAAUUGAUGUGAAUAGUUACGGACUAACAUUCCCUAUUGGCCCGUUGACAUUGUUGCUGUCGUGUAAUUUAUGUGUCAGCCGAGUCUUGUAUAAUUGUACAGCUAUAUGAUGUUGUCUGUAUAGUCAGUGAUUUGUACAGAAUAUACAAUUUCUCGUUUGUUCAGUUUCUUCCGUGAAUGCUAUUGAACACAAAACAAAAAUAAGCUAGUCUUCUUUCUGAACUUUAAAUUUAUUACAACAUAACAUAGUAGUAGAUAACUAACGAAAAAGUGUAGACGUUUCGAAUUUCUCACAUAAGAAAAAGUAAAAAUAGCCAUUUUUUUUAAUAUACAGAUCUAUAAAAUAAAAUUUAUACAACAUU